AGACUCAGCAGCUCUCUCUCUCUCUCUCUCUCUCUCUCUCGUCACAUCAGGGUUUACCGUCGCUCUGCACGGAUUUAGCGACUUAUUUAUUAAAUUCUUCGUUAUAUAAUAGAGACAGAGUGUCUUAAACCUCCCAGCUGAUCGUCCUCAGCCUCCCAGCAGCGCAGCCGGUGCACAGGUCCUCUUGACAGACUUGAGGCGACAGCGCUGACCUGGAUAACCACUGAGGCUGCAUCCCGCUCCGAGGUGGUCCUCUCUCCGAGCAGCCGGACUCCCAGACCCACCGAGGCGUCAGCUGCCCGUCAGCAGCUUGAGCACCGCAUCCGCAUCCGCAUCUGCAUCCGCCUCCCACUCAUCCUUCUCCUCCUCCUCUUCAUCAUACACGACAUGGCGGACCCCGGCCUCACGUCGCCCUCUGGGACGCCGCUGCGCUCGCCCAACGCCUCCCUCACCCUCUCCUUCCCCUUCCUGAGGGAGGGCAGCCGAGUGUGGGAGGAAGGGAAGGAGCCGCCGCUGCCGCGGGAGCUGCCCAGCCCGCUGCCCACCAAACGCACCCGCACCUACUCCGCCACUGUUCGCGCUCACUCAGGUCCGGCUUUCAAGGGCGUAUGUAAGAACUUCUCCAGGUCACAAGGUCACGGCUUCAUCCGACCCUCCCACGGCGGGGAGGACAUCUUCGUCCACAUCUCAGACAUCGAGGGGGAGUACGUCCCGGUGGAGGGGGACGAGGUCACGUACAAAGUGUGCCGGGUUCCUCCCAAAAACCUGAAGGUGCAGGCGGUGGAAGUGAAGAUCACACACCUCAACCCGGGGACGAAACACGAGACCUGGUCCGGCCAGAUCAUCAGCUCGUAGGGCCCCACCGGGUCCCAUGUGGGGUGUGUGUGUGUGUGUGUGUGUGUGUGUGCGCGCGCGCGCAUGUGUGUGUGCGUGUGUGGUUAUUGUCAGAUUACAGAUUCUUUAUUUUAGAUGAUACAGUCAAAACUUGCACUUCCACAAUGAAAACUGCCACAGUUUUGCUCAAUUUGCUGUUUGAAAACUCCCUGUUUUAAAAAGGUCUGGAGCCAUGUACGUGUGGAAAAAUAAA